AUGUAUUUUUUCUGUGAUUUCUUAAUCUUCGGUUGUUUAUUUGUCAGCGGUUUUCAUUAUGGCUACUAUUGCAAAUAUGCCUAUGUCUAUGAUAAUCUCUGGGAUCAUCGAUUCUCUUCGAUGGGCAUGGCCUUGUGCCUAAUUCUGGCCAUUGGUUACUGUCUACGAAAAUACAAGAAACGAAAAUAUCUAUUCGAAAAUUUCUAUGUGAUAUUCUAUGGCUUGAUAUGCAGUAUAAUUAGUGCGGUAUUUCUAUUGACGGAAAAUGUUGAGAUUUCGUUCUUUUUCAUCUUCACAGCGAUGAUUAUUAUUUAUUUGCCCUGUUACAAUUUCAUUAGCCUACGCGUUGGAAGCGAUGGUUGCCGACCUGCUCGUAUAGCAUUGGGCAAUGCUAUGUAUUUUGCCGGAUUGACUUCGGGCUUUGUCAUAUUCGAUGAAUUGCAGCCGAAAAUAGCCGGUUGGGUAAUAUUCGCAAUAAGUUUACUCUUUGUUAUCGGCAUCAUUAUCAAUGAAUGUCUGCAUCAGUGCCGGUGUCAGGAUUAUAAAAGUUCCUGUGAUUUGGUAUUCAAUCUUUUGAAUGAAGAGAAAUUGGUGUUUGCCGAAAGAAAAUCGAUAACUGCGCUAUUUGUGGGUCGUGACGACUAUUGUUUUAAGCGUAACAUACAAUGGCUUGUUGUGGGGCUUUCGGGUUUAAUUAUAGCGGAGCGUUGCUUCUUCUUUUCCUGGUCCUAUCUGGAUUUAAUGCAAAGUGCCACACGCGGCUAUACACAUGGCAGUGAACAUUCGUAUUUACCAUAUCUGUUGUAUACCGGAGGAUGUCUAAUGGGCUCUCUGCUUAUGUUACGCUAUAAGCCGAAAUUAAUUUAUCUAAUGUUUGGUCUGAUCAAAAUCACCAUUUCCGCAGCCAUACUUGGUGUCUAUUCCGACAGCCACACCGAAGAUUGCUUUCUAUUUUUAUGUUUCUACUACAUCAGCUUGGGAGUUUAUUCCAGUAUUGGUCUGCAAAUGUUAUUGGAGGCGACGCCGUUUCUUUAUACCGAACUGGCAUUGGCUGUGGCCUAUUGCAUGGAACUGGGCAUAAUGGAAUUGCUGAAAUUUGAAUCACGAAAUGAUGACUACUGGUCGAGAUUGUGGAUUAUGACGGCGGUAACAAUUUGUCUUACGGCCGUGUGUAUUCCCUUGAUCCAAUUGUUUCUGCCAAAAUCGGUGGGCCUUAUAGAAAUACGAAAUCGCCUUUUGGGCAUUCAUCGACAGCCAAUGAAGCCGUACGAUAAUCGUUUAUGGAAAAAUAAUUUCUAUUUACAAAUGGAAAUACCGACAAAUGCGAUUAGUGUUGCUCUGGAUAAGAAUCGUGUCUUUCAUCAGUAUCCCGCUCCGGAGGAAAAGAAAACGAGGUUUUAG